AGCCACUAUAAUAAAUAAUAAGCCUAAAAAACACCCACCAAAAUGUCCAAAAAACUCCCAACAAUAUCCGUAACUGCCGAGCAGCAUUCCACAUCAUCCUCAUCCUCCCAAGACUCCGAUAGCAAUGACAUGGACUAUGGCAACUACGGCGGCGUCACAGAUGUUGAAGAUUUCGAUAGUCAGCCCGAGGUGCUUCGGCUUAACUCCCGUCGCAGUUCUGGCAAUCUAUCACCCAAGCCAAAAAGCGAGCAGAAAAAGUCGAAUCCCUUUGAAAACGAUGUCACUGACGUGGAGGACUAUGACACUGAAUCAGAAGAUGAUGAUGAUGAUGAGAAGAGUACUGCUUAUCCGGAGUUGAAAUUAUCACUACGCGAAUUUCUGCAACAAGGAUUGCAAAAUCAAGAGGCUCUAGAUAACGAUGCCAAGGAGAGUUGUGUAAUUAGGGACGGUAACUUUCUGCAAGCCCAAGACUUGAAUGGUGUGGCAGAUCUCUUAACCGACUGCGAGGAUUAUGACACAGACUCUGAAGUGGGCUACGGCUACGAGAAGUCCGUAUGUGUUGACUUAGACAUUGCCGUGGGCGAUCAGGCGCGGGUCAACAUUGCCGAUGGUGAGAAGCACGAAGAUGACUCGGAUAAUUACGAGGAUGUUUCCGUCAUUAGCGACAUUAGUGACUUGGCUUCGGCCAUGUCCGACUGUGCAGGCAUCGGUGCCCAUAUGCGUGGCAUCUCUGAGGACGAAGUACUCGUGGUGUCUGGCAGCGGCAGUGAACAGGUAUGCCAAAUUUCCUGCUCGGGUACUGAAUCUGAAUCUGGUGGUGCUGCUGCUGCCAGAAGCGCCAGCUCAAGUGAACCCAGCAUUGCUCCCAUCGAUGUCGCGUUUGUCAGUGCCAGCGGAGAGACGCGCAGGAACUCGAAGUCAACUUUGUUCAAUGCUGAAAAAAGAAAUUUCCUGCUUAUGGCUACUAGAAACGAAGAAGUUGUCACAGAUGUUGAGGGCAUCGAUGAUUCAAUAGCCGAAGACAGCUUCGACAAUGAAGAGGAAAAUGAGCAGCCAAUUCCACGUGCGGUUAUUCUCGCGACUGGCGAUGAUGGCACCUCUCUAACCGAUGUAGAGGAUAUGUUUUGCGAUGACCUUUCACUCUCGAGCGCCAUACCCGAAGUAGUUGCUGUAGCAGCUGAGGUAUUGCCUCUGCCACAUCGCGAGGUUGUUGAGUUGAAGGAGGAUAAGUACGGCGACACCGUUACGAAUGUCAUGCCCAUGAAUAGCAACUAUGAGUUUGGAAUUUAUAAUCACUUGAAGGAUGUCAAUCACACUGAUUCAGAGGACUACUCCUGUGCCGAAGACAUUAGCGCCAAUGUUUCUCUAGCCGAGGAACUGGCCAUUGGAGCAUCUGGUCUAAUCGAUAACGAAGUCAUUGUAUCCAACGAGCUGUUAAAACAACAGUUAAGUAAACGUCUCGAUGUGCAGUCCAAUGCUGAGUCUGUCACCGACGUCGAGGAGAUCUUCGUGGCUGGCACUAAUCGUCGCAAGAAGUUGAAGGCGCGCACCCCUAGCAAGGGCAAGAACAAGUUGCUCGAUGUGGUCAAGGGCAAGGAGGAGGGUAUAACCGAUGUGGAAGACAUGGAUUUGAGUGAGUGUGAUCUGCCGCUAGGCAUUAAGCGAGUCGAACAACUAAAACACCAAGCCAAGACCCAAAAACAAGACAAACAAAGCGAUACCGACGAUACUUCCACAGACGACAUAUCCAAUGCAUCCGAUGUCCCAUUACCGCCACCUGAUUUGCCCAAACAGAGCCACAACAAACCCAAAUUGCUGCCACUCCACUUGCGUUUGCCCAAAGACGAUGCUUAUAGUCAGCACAACACAGACAUCGAAGAUGUGCAGUUGCCAUCCGAUGCCGAGGAUGCUCUCGAGCCACCUGCCAUCCCUGUGGCCAACAGCAACAGCGAAGAGCUCAACGAUAUGCUCAACGAGAGCUACACCAUUGUUCACGAAAAGAGCGGCAGAAGUUUCAACUCUGAGGAUGAGAAGAUGCACUUGAAGAGUGUGAUACGAGAUGCCCACACCGACGUUGAAUAUGUUGAGUCUGAUGAGUCAGCUGCUCGAGGCGGCAACUAGUCUCCUUGUCUACGGAUUCAUGCACACAUAUAUAUGAUUUGCCAAAAACAAUCUUAACAAUAGUUCAUAAUUGGUAUAACUUAACAAAUAAUACAAAAUACAGAUCAACUGAUUAAUACAUACACUCAAGCAUAUUAGGGCCUUACAAAAACAACAACAACAUUUGGCCCAAUCAUUCUGCAUACAGAGCAAAUAUCACAAGA